UCAGUUAAUUUUAAUUAUUUCAAGGAGCAACAUCGUAUAACAAAUUUUAUGUAAAUUCAUAAAUUAGUUGGAAUACAUUUGAUGCUUUGGUCCAUUUAGCCAUGGACAAGGACAGAAAUAAAACAACUGCUGAUAAGAAAGCAUCAGGUCCUGCUCGACGAUGUAAAAGGCCAGAUACCUGCAUCCAUUUGCGUAGUCUGCGGCAGCAGAAUAUCAAUCCCUCCACCCAAGUCCUUUAUCGUGGACCCAAUUUUCAGGCGCAUCGCAGCGACGAGGAUAUAUUUUUUGAUUGUUUGAGCACAAGCGACACGGAUAUUCCUCGAGAGGGUCACAAAGGCAAAAACUUUGAUAACCUUACAUCGCAACCGUCCAACCAAACCAAUGCCAAGCCCAUCUUUACUAAUCCGAUAAAUAUAAGCUGUAAAUCCACAUGCAGUGGCCAGGCAUCCAACACUAGCAAAUAUGAUGAUCCGGAAGUUGUACGCGCUGUCCUCAUACGUGCUGAGAAUGCGACCCAAAUGCUGCUUAGACAUUUUGAGAGGAAUCGCGGCGAUAGUAAAUGUCACUGCAAUGCAACUCUGGAGAUAACGGCACGUUUAUUAACCGAUCCCAAGGAAAGCACCCCAAAAUGUCUCCAGGGCAGGCCAGUUACAGUGCAAAUGCCAUUAAAAUUCGAUCCGUGUUCGGGCCAAAUGAUUACAACUGGUCCAUCACGGCCAGUUGCCAAAUCAGGAACAUCAGUGUGUUCGAAGUAUACGUCCAAAGACUGCCCAGCUCUGAUGUAUAUGCAGGAUGAGCACCGCGAUCCCGGAAGUUGCCACAACCAACAAAUUCAAACCGACCAAUCCUAUAUGAAAACUAAAUCUCAAAGGGCUACUAACCAAUGGCAAUGCACCUGUUACGAUAUGCCCAGUCCGCUAGAAAAUGCAGAGGAUGCACCAACCUUAAAUUCUCGACUGCCGAAAUUGAAUCCUUGUGCCGCUGUGGCGAACAAACCAUCUCAGACAAAUGCAUCUUAUCUUUAUAACCACUAUAUGCAUUCACACUGUAGCAAUUUUCUUCAGGACCGGCCAUCGCAGACGAAUGACUUGAAUAAGAAUUUGCAGAAUGAUUUCAAUGCCAUGGAUCAAAUUAUUUACCCCACACAACAAUACAUAUGCAGAAUUAUAGAUGAGAAUGAUGAAUGUGAGUGUAAGGACGAACCAAAUCAACGUGACAGCGCAAGUUCCACUCGCGAUAAAUCCUCUAAUUGGAGGCAAAUACUCCUGCCUGAGUCUCGCCCACAAUACCAGCAAACAGAUAAAUGUGGUCUGUCCAAAUCACAACCAAGUUUUGUAUCCGCCAUAGAGCCCCCCUCCUGUAAGAAUGCAACUAAAGAUAAUGCUCUACGAUACUGUAGCGCUAUUUCAAAAUCUGUAUGCCACUUACCAUGCUUAUGUCCACCUCCUCCCUCUGCGGAUCUGCAAUCGCUAUUGCUAUCAAAAGUCGAAUCCGACUGUCCAGUAACGAGUUGCCACGCCAUGGAUGUCAAUACGAAGGCUGAAGGUAACCCGACUGAUAUCCCUAAGCCUGGCGCUACAUUUUCUGCUGACGAAUUCAACUCUGUCGAUUUCAAAGACCCUCAAAGCUGCAACUGCCUAGACCCAAACCGUUCAAUUUUACCUACUAAUACUGGCGAUGCACAUAUCGGGGCAGACAAUUUUUGCCUCGCAACAAGUGUGGCUCAACCCGCACCUGAAAGAGUGAGUAUUGAGCCCUCGAAAUCUCCAACAGUUGCAUCGCAGAGAUCAAGCAAAGUCGAAAAGUUGGACAUGGAUAAACUAAGUUCAAUUGGACGAGUUGGUGAACAACUGUCUUAUGCUCCUGAUUCACAAAACGCUCCUAUUCGGUACCACUCCGUGAGCUCGGACUGUAACUUAAAUAAAAUGCCAAAACCCGAUGACCUUGCCACUACUCGUCCAUCCAAAAGAAUGGACAUCAAUGACAUGAAAACUGAGCAAAGCAAAACGCCAUGCGACUUUAAUCAACUUGAUAAUGCGUCAACUUUUCAAAGCGCGCAACAAAGCUUUUAUCAGGCAGCUGGUAAACGCGAGAAGGAAAUCACUGGCUAUAACAGCUUUAAAUCGGGCACUAGUAAUCUGGUAAACGAUGAUCAAAACUGCCCUGGCGAGUCAAACCUUUUGGGUGUACCACGAAGCUCGCAACAAAGAAGUUCUCGAACAGGUGAUAACCGCGAGAAGGCAAUCAGUGGCUAUAACAGUUUUAAAUCGGGCACCAGUAACCAAGUAACGGGCUUCUGUGAUCUUACUGAUGAUCAAAGCUGCCCUUGCGAGUCAAACCCUAUGGGUAUACCAACAGGCUCCGUCAAUACUAUAAUUACUUACGGUAAAAGCUUUGAUCUGGUUGCUAAUUGCAAUGUACCAAGCGCAGUAGCAAAUUGGCAAAGCCCGCCCCCAUCGGAAUGUAUCGCAGAUAGCAUAGUUGAUAAAAUGUCUACAAAAGGUGAGAAACGUGGUGAUAAAAAGCCGUGUCCACCACCUAAAGCUCACAGUCAAUAUAUAAAAAAUGAGGACUAUUUGGAGAUAGAUCCGACGUAUUCAAAUGUGCUACCGUCUGAAAUGAUUAAUAGGAGCAUGCAAAGUGACCGGUAUUAUAAUGCAGACACCAGUUACAUAACGACAUCUAUUAAGGGUAGUAAGCUUUGCCAAGACAAAGAAGACAAUGCAAGAAUUUACGAAAAUGUAGCACCCUCUUAUCAUAAAUCUUCGAUGGGCUACACGGACAAGACCUCGUCCCGUUCGCAGUCUUUCAUGGCCAACGUAACGUGCUUGUGCUCCUCCAUUGAUAAGAUGCAGCUAUGUCCAGGCCGAGAAGGCCCACCCUUUAAAAGAAUUGAGGAUACGAAAGUCGUUCCCAGCUGCAGUGUAUCGCAGAGUGCAGAUGUUGUGUUUCAGAAUCGCAAUGAACAGUUUAGUGAUUGUUAUUCUUCAUCAGAAAUUUCCCUAUGCUUUUGUGCUAGGAAGAGCCAAGCUGCGUCGGACUUUAAAACCAUUCCGUCUUGUGGCCACAAAACACAACAAAGUGGGGAUGGGAUAGCCGGAUCAAAAGCCCAAUCAACAUCAGUUUGCUUAAAGUGUUUGGGUCCAUCUAUGUCGAAGAUCUUAAGUGCCAGAUCAAAAAUCUGUUCCCAUAACAAUCUAGCCGAAGCUAAGGAUUCAAAAUCUUGUAUAACCACCUCGGAGCAUGGCAAGGAUACAAAGAAGAUUUGCACACCAUUCAGGUCAAUAUCCUGUGGAAAGCUGCAGACUUCACGGUUUACCGUAUGUAGUCAGAAGCAGAAAGAACGCAGUCAACAGCAGCAACAGGAACCUCCUUGUCGCCAAGGACUAGAUAUGCAACAAGAUUACAACAUUUGUUAUGAAUGUAUAUCCCAAGAUCAGGGCUGGUCCGCGCCUCCUUGCAAACAACCGAAUCUGAUUCAACAAGAUUUAUUUUGUGAGUGCGUAUCAGAAGAACAGACGCGAAGUGUUUCAUGUGUACAACAACUGAAUCAGAUGAAGAAUAAAAUCGCUUCUGAGUGCGCAUCAUUUCAAACUAGAUGGACUGCUCCCUGUACACAACAACCAAGCCAGGUGCGACAAGAUGUGUUCUGUGAGUGCGCAUCAGAAGAACAGACCUGGACUUCUCCCUGUGAACAAUAUCCAGAUGUGUAUUGUGAGUGCCCAUCAGAAAAGAUAUCUAAUUACAGAAGCUGUAUAUCUGAAAAAUGCUGUCCUGGUCUAUCAAAUGAUCAUGUAGUAAAUAUAAUAAACUUAUUGAACGAUGUGAACGAUUGUCGACUGGAACGCAAAGCUGUUAUAAAGCAACUGUUUCGUGAAUUAACCCAGAUGCUGCGACAGGAGGAAGACGAGCUUCAGGAUGAUAAGUCUUGGUGCUAUGAAGAAUGCAUGGCGGCCGUAACUGCUGGCAGAAUACCCCCAUGUAAGUCGCCCAGGUCAAAGGAUAAAGUAGAGCGUAUGCAGUGCCUGGAACAAAUGGAAAAAUAUGUGGAAAAAUGUUUUCCCGAUAAAAAUAAAUGUAUGCCUAAGGAACUGAAGGAAAUUGUCGUAUUACAACAUGAUCCAACUUUUGAUCCAUGUCCCAUGCCCUGUUUAAUGGACACUGAAUCCAGCUCGAGGUCUCCAGUGUGUACCUGUGUUACCGGAACUUCUUACAUAACCCCUGAGCCAUCAAGUGACAAAGAGUGCGAUUGCAAAUCAGAGGAGACCAAAAUUUCCAAUUUCGGAACAUGUAGUUGCAAAACAACAACAACAACAACAAGUGAUAGGAAAUCCGUUUCAAUAUCGAUACCGAUAGAGGAAGAAGUCCUUUCAAAGUUACCGGAAGAGCAAACAGAUCAGGAAAUUGCUCUCGAAGAGUAUAGUCCAUUAUUUCCAGUCCAAGAAGAGCUGAGCAGUUAUAUAAGUUAUGGAGAAGAGUCAUCAAAAUUGAUUCCUCAUGAAGAAUCACUAAAAAUAGAACCAUUUGAAGAGGGUGUCCUUCCUGAAGAAGAGUAUGUGUGUCCUGAAGAAUAUGCAGAGCGUGUAUGCCCUGAAGAAGAGCAAGGUGAGUGUGUAUGUCCUGAAGAAGAACAAGAGUGCGCGUGUCCUGAAGAAGUCAUCGGAGAGUGUGUAUGUCCUGAAGAAGAACAAGGAGAUUGCGUGUGUCCAGAUGAAGAAUUAGUAAAAGAACCAGUAGAUUUGAUCUGCAAGGAAGAACAAUCAUUAAAAGGCCAAGAAGAGUGUGUCUGUAAGGAAGAACAAUCAAUGAAAGAUCAAGGAGACUGUGUCUGUCAUGAAGAACCAUUAUUAGAUGGACAAGUAGAGUGUGACUGUCCGAAAGAACAACCACUAAAAAACCAUGGAGGAGAGUGUGUCUGUAAGGAAGAACAAUCAAGAGAAGACCGAGGGGAGUGUGUUUGUCCUCAAGAACCAUUGUUGAUAAGACAAGUGGACUGUGACUGUCCGGAAGAACCACCACUAAAGAUCCAAGGAGAGUGUGUAGGUCUUCCAUGUGAAUCAACGAAAGAGCUUACCGCAGAUUCUGGUGCCAUGGAAAAAGCAUCCUGCUUAGGCGAGACUGAUUUCGAUGAUGCAUUGAGUCCGCUUACGGAAAGAGAGCGCCUGCUAUGCGAAUAUAUGAUGCGGCGCAUGUGCGAAUUGUGUGAAGACGAUCAAGGGCUGGACGAGGAGCUCACAGAGUGCAUCGAUGGACCAAGAGACCCCUGCGUGUGCUGUCAUUGUCGAGCGGUCAUCUGCGAUAAUCAGUGUCAGACUGUUUCUAAAAUAUUGGAUGCAGUUCCGUGUGAUCCCGUUGCUGAAACGAAAUUUUUCAUUGACUCCAUUAUCUAUGACUUGCAUGCCAUGCAUCAUGUGUUGACCAAGAAUAAAAUAAACCCCAAGAACGCUCAACCAUCUCCGUGUAUGGGCAAUGCACCGGGUGACAGUUUUCCGGUGAGCAUUACGAGUGUUUCCAGUUUGGGCUGUCGUGCGCUCUAUGUCCGAUGGGAAUUGGAGGACUGUGCUGGCAUUGGUGGCUACGAAAUAUAUGUGGAUGGCCAUUUGACAAAUCGUUUUUAUAGCUAUCGUCACGAGUCGGGCGUCGUGGCCAAUGUGGAUGUGACCAAGCGGCAUCAAAUUAUUUUGCGCGCUCAAGCGGUGGGUCACGAGUUCCCAGGCGAUGAGCCUGGUAGCCCCGACACUAAGAUGGCGCAUGUCCAUCCGGAAAUGCUGGUGGGCUCCGUCCGACCCUGGACCCCGAGCGUCUUUUUUUAUGAGCCUUGAACAAAGUGCUAGUCAAAAGUUUCUAUUCGAAUUCUGUCCAAUUCCCCUUAUUCAAUGUUUCCUCUCGAUGGUUUUAUCGAUUGUCCCUUUGAUCGACUGUGGAACAUCGCUCUGACAUCCAAGUGUUCCCUCAUGCCAACAACCAUAAGAAUUAGAGUCCCACACAUCAUGCAUUUAUCUAAAUGUGCCUUUCAAAUUAAAUGUUUGCACGCGUUCUAUACACACUAAUAUGUAUAUAUAUGUUUUCGAAUGUC